AAAAUCGAAUCAUGUAAAAAAUAAUUAUUUCAUCGAAACCACACAAAAAAAUCUAUAAUAUUUGAAAACAUAAAAUCCUGGAAGUGAAGUUGAUAGAAUCCUGAACAUGGAAGAGGAUCAACGACCAUGGGCUGAUAUAUGUCCAUAUCUCUUGGAUUCCAUCUACAACAGACUCUCGUCUCAUGUCGACGGUACUCACUUUGGUGAUCUCCGACGUCAUCAAAGUGCGAAAGGGUAAGCGACUUGUUCUCCGACGACGUCGUGAAUCUCAAAUCCCAUAUGAGCUUGCAGGUAAAGAUAUAACAAUCCUUGGAAUGGCGGGUGUGUGGCUUUUUAUAAAAGUGCGGAAUGCUUUUUUGGGCUGGUACAAUCCUUUACUUCGAAGUCCUGCAAACUACAUUAGUCUUCCCAACCCGAGUUGGCGUUUUUCUACCUACGACGUCCAUUACAGACCUGCCACAGUACUCAAAUUUGCUUUCUCAGCGCUACCCACUGCUCAGGACUCGACGAUCCUCGUGGUGUAUGACGACUGCUAUCUAUGCAUGUUCCGUCGUGAAAACAAUGGUGAGUUUGAGCAAAAAACAUACGAUUUCUCCUUGGGUGGGAAAAAAGAACAAACAUGCCUUAGUGUGGGCUACAAAGACGGUAGAUUCUUUUGUUUAUUUGAAAUGGGGGAUAUGUUGAUUUUUAGCAUCGACGAGAAUGAGACCAGAAUGUUGUUGGCAGCGACUAAGCCCCUGCUUCCUAAACAAAUCCAACAAUGGGACUAUUUGUGUGUUGUGGCAGUGGUGGUGACAAAAAAGGCCACGACGGCAAAUGAUCGAUACCAUGAGGUAGAAGAGAUGAUAGGGUUUAGGCUGGUCACUCAUUGGGAGCGAGAUUGUGAGGGGAGCUUCCGGCUUGUAGCAGUGGUGGAAAAUUUUAUGAUGGCCGCCGAUCUGUUACUGGAGAAUAACGACGGUGAUGACAAAGUGGGCAACGGUAGAACAACAAGAGUGAUUUUAGUAAAAGACCGGUUGCCAUUGAAAAGGACUUUCGACAUAUAUUAUAUUCACAUAUUGUUUGCUCUUUUUUACAUACUUUGCAUGUAUUCUUUUUCUUGGAUUAUCUUUUUCCUAAGGGGUCGUUUGUCAUAAAUCAAGAUAUGGUGG